AUGGCUCCAUUGAUCCAUGAAAACGAGAGUUUUUCUCCCUAUCAAAGCAAUGCAUCCUCCUCGAAGUCCCUGCCCCGCGAGUCUGCGAAGUCCAUUCCUUCUUCGCACACCGGUCAUCUCGAGCUGGUGUUGUCUGAAGCCCCAGACACCCUCCACCAUGUCUUGAAGAUGGACACAGAUGGUGGGGCUCUCUGUAAUGGAAACUCUGCUGGUGUUGACAACACAUCAAGAUCAUGCAGCUGGCUUGGGCGCUCACCACAUCCCUGUUUCACCUCUGCCAAUUCCCUCCUGUUCGACUGGGAUUCAAAUUCAGGAAUUUCCUGUUUGAAGGCGCUCUCGACUGGGCAGGGCUCCCAGUUUGGGGAUCAAUUAUUAAUCAUCGAACCGGACGACAGUUUGCGACAAGUUCUAGACAAGCUAGCUACCACCCAACGCCGCGCUCGGGAAUGCGCCAAGCAACCGGGAAUUCUGAUGCUGAGGGUUCAACUGACAUGUUCUCAACUGCCUUUCGCUAUCGCAAUGCUUCAGCGUCAAAUUCAGAAAUCAAUUCCGAGGUCGGUUUCAGUCGACGUUUCUGCGGUCGAUAUUUUCCUCGACGUUACCGAUGCAAGAGACGGCCGAUUGUUGGCCGAGCUUGUCUUUUCGAGCCAGGCCAUCGCUGACCCACUUGCGUUAAGUGUUCUACACACGUUCGACCAUGUCUUAUCGUCGAUACGGAUGUCCCCAGAUAUAACAGUGGAGGAAGUCAACAUGUGCUCGCCGCACGAUCGACAACAUAUUACCCAGCUAACCAGCCAUGUUUCUGAGUCCAACGAGCGAUGUCUUCAUGACAUGUUUCUGGAACAUAGCCACAUUAAUCCCGACGCUCAGGCCGUGGUUUCGUGGGAUGGUGAUUUGACUUACGGAGAGCUGGACGAUCUGACGUCAAGACUUUCCCAUCGUCUUGUUGAUCUAGGGGUAGGCCCCGAAGUCUUCGUUCUUAGCUGUUUUAAGAAAUCAACUUGGGCUAUUGUUUCGCGGCUUGCGAUCCUUCGAGCCGGUGGCGCAUAUAUCUCGAUCGAUGCAGCUGACCCACCAGCUUAUUUGACCUCAGUCAUCCAACGCGCCAAUGCUAAAAUAAUGCUCACUGUUGCCGAAUUCUCAGACCAGUUCCAAGGCCUGGUUCCAAAUAUCAUCGAGUUAUCCAAGGAUGGAAUCCUGAGUCUUCCGAAAAAGGUUGAACCGGCGUGUACCACUGUACGACCAACCAAUGCAUGCUUGAUUUUGUUCACUUCGGGUAGCACCGGGGAACCGAAAGGGAUUAUCCAGGAGCACCGGACCUAUGCCACUGCCGUUCGAGAUUAUGCGAGGAUCCUUGGUCUCGAUGCAGGAACUAGAAUGUAUCAGUUUGACGACUAUGCCUUCGACAUCAGCAACAACGACUACCUUGUACCACUUUCCGUUGGCGGGUGUUGCUGCGUUCCACAUCCACAGAAGGCCAUCCAUGUUCUGAAGCAGCAUAUGAACGACUUACGUGCAAACGUAUCCUUUCUUACACCGACAGUUGCCAUUCAGUUGGGUCCAGAAGAUGUUCCAGGCCUUAAAACACUAUGCAUCGGUGGUGAACCACCUUCGAACGACCUACUGUCGAAAUGGGCCGGAAAGGUGAAACUCGUUAAUCAAUAUGGCAUGGGCGAAGUCGCUACGUUUUGCACGUACAACGAUCAGAUGAGCCCUGGCAGUGGAACCAAUGUCGGACGCACCGGAACAGGCGCUGCCUGGGUCGUCUCCCCCGCAUCUCCGGAGCGCCUCAUGCCUGUCGGCGCCGUCGGAGAAAUGAUCAUGGAAGGUCCUCAUCUUGCUCGCGGGUAUCUUGACCAGAUAUCCAGAAAGUCUGAAGCCGGCUUCUUACAGUAUACGCCAAAAUGGCUCCAUGAACUACAUCCCGAGAGAGCAUCCUCAGCUAGACUGUACAGAUCUGGCGAUCUUGUAAAGUAUAACCACGACGGAACCCUGACUUACGUCGGACGAAAAGACACUCUAUUGAAGAUUGAUGGCGGCAGGGUUGACGCCAUCGAAGUUGAAUACACUGCAAGGAAAUGUCUAUCACCGGAGGACUCCAUUGUUGUCGACUUACUCGGCGCCAUUGACGGCGUCGAAAGUCCCAUUCUCACUGCUUUCCUUUACCUCGCAGACAAUCCAAUGAACCUAAGCAGCAAAGCCGGCCCCAACGAACCAAUCACCUUCCGAACUAUCAACGACAAUCAUAGUGUAUAUUCGAAAGUCGAAUUGAUCAAGAAGACGAUCGGUGCUACGUUACCAGAAAUACAAAUCCCCACACUCUUCCUUCUCGUCGAUCGAAUACCGCGCACAAAAUCGAACAAGACCGAUCGGCGAAAGUUGCACAUGCUAGGCCAGAACUACUACAUGCCCCAGCGAGAAGCGCCCAGCGGAGGAGCUGGCGAUGGAAAUCCGAAACCAGCGGCAGGCCGGGUUGCUCCGAAAGAAGGCCCUGUCCCUGCCAGCAACAGCAAUGGCGGCAUGAACGGGACAAAGAAACGACAGGUUCGUGAACUGGAUGCUACGGACGAUUUGCAGCCUAAGCGGCAAAAACAAGUGUGCUGA